AACUCGGUAAACUCACUCACCUCAUUCUCAUACCACUCAAUUCCAACCUCUCAUCGCCAUCACAUCCUACUACAUCAUUUACUUGCACUCUCCCCAAAACCCAAUACCAAAAUGUCCCUCCCGCCGACCAACAACAUCCUCAACGCAAUAGGCCACACCCCGAUAAUCCAACUCACGCACGUGGUCCCCCCAGAAUGCGCCUCCAUCUACAUCAAACUCGAAUCCCUCAACCCAACGGGCUCCUACAAAGACCGCAUGGCGAAAUCCAUCAUCGAAGAAGCCGAACACCGGGGCGAUCUCAAACCCGGAAUGACUAUCAUCGAAGCUACAGGCGGCAGCACCGGCUCCUCACUGGCCUUCAUCUGCGCAGCAAGGAAAUACCCCUUCACCGUGAUAUCCUCCAACGCAUUCGCUAUCGAGAAACUCCGCACGAUGGAAGCUCUUGGCGCGACAGUAUAUAUUGUCCCUAGUGCGGAAGGGAUCACUCCGAACUUAUUCCCCACCAUGAUGAAGCGUGCGAAGGAACUUGUUGCGCAGGGAGAGGGGAGGUAUUAUUUCGCCGAUCAGUUUAAUAAUAAGGAUGCGGCGGUGGGUUUCCGGGGGGGGAUUGAUGCGUUUUGUGGUGCGGUGGGUGGAGCGGGGAUGGUUAUGGGUGUGUCGAGGGUGUUGAAGGAGAAGUGGUCCGGGGUUCAUGUUGCGGUGCUGGAACCGGCGGCGUCGCCGGUUAUCACGGAGGGGAGGUCGGGGAGGCAUGGGGUUGAGGGUAUUGGGAUUGGGUUUGUGCCGCCGCAUUUGGAUGGAAGUCUGUAUGAUGAGGCGUGUGCGGUUGAGGAGGAGGAGGCGCGGGUUAUGUGUCGUCGGCUUGCGAGGGAGGAGGGGUGGUUGGUGGGGACGUCGACUGGGUUGAAUGUCGUUGCGGCGAUUGCGUUGGCGAAGCGGCUUGGGCCUGGGAAGACGGUCGUGACGGUGGCUGUUGAUACGGGGCUGAAGUAUAUGAAUGGUUCAUACAUCCGUUUUGACUUCUUGGGAAGUACAGCUGAUGAGUGA